AUGGCGCCGCCGCCCUCAGCGCUCUGCCUGUUCGACGUGGACGGCACCCUCACGGCCCCGCGCCAGAAAAUCUCGGCGGAGAUGGCGGCGUUCCUGCAGCGGCUGCGGCAGAAGGUGAAGGUGGGAGUGGUGGGCGGCUCGGACCUGGCCAAGAUCCGCGAGCAGCUGGGCGAGGACGUGAUUGAAAAAUAUGACUAUGUAUUCCCAGAAAAUGGCCUGGUUUCAUACAAAGAUGGGAAGUUCUUGAGCAAGCAGAGCAUUCAGGGCCACUUGGGUGAGGACAUCCUUCAAGAUGUCAUCAACUACUGCCUGAGUUACAUUGCAAAGAUUAAACUUCCAAGGAAGAGAGGCACUUUCAUUGAGUUCCGAAGCGGGAUGUUAAAUGUGUCCCCCAUUGGAAGAAGCUGCAGCCAGGAAGAACGACUUGAGUUCUAUGAACUUGAUAAAAAGGAGCAUAUAAGAGAGAAAUUUGUAGCUGAUCUACAAAGAGAAUUUGCAGGCAAAGGCCUCACAUUUUCAAUAGGAGGGCAGAUAAGCAUCGAUGUGUUCCCAGAUGGCUGGGAUAAAAGGUACUGCUUAGGAAUUGUUGCCAAGGAUGGAUACAAGACUAUUUAUUUCUUUGGAGACAAGACCAUGCCAGGAGGGAAUGACUAUGAAAUUUUUACGGACUCCAGAACAGAAGGCCACAGUGUCACAUCCCCACAAGAUACAAGAAGAAUCUGUGAAGAGCUGUUUUUUAAGUAAAAGACUUUCAGAAUUCACACUUCCACGACUGUUAAAACAGCAAAAUAACUUGAAACAUCAUUUUCAUUCUGUAUUGUUUUUUUGUAAUUGGUCAUGAACAGCAGGUGCUUUGCAGGUCAGUCAUUACUGAAGGGAAAUGUUUUAAUUGAAGACCCUUUGCUGACUGGGGGAGCACA